AUGGAAGAGGGUAUCAACUCAGGGAUGGAGAUCAAUGCUAAUGCAGUGGCUGGUACGAUUGUUAAAUAUCUUGGUUCAUGCUUUUCUGUGACUAAUUCAAGCACCUGGAUCAUAGAUUCAGGUGCUUCUGAGCAUAUGUGUUUUGAUUCAACCUUUUUCAAAUUAUUAUCCUCUCUUACUCCUCCCUUGACUAUUAAUCUUCCUAAUUGUCAAACUAUUCUUGUCACUCACAUUGGAACUGGCCUUUCAAUGAGGAGGUCUCAAGUUUUUGGUAAAGUUUCAGAAGGUCUAUAUCUGCUCAAGCCUAAAGUGAAAGAGUCUGUUUUCAAUUCUAGCAAGAACAAAGCUAUUUUACAUUCGACAGUUUCUACUAGUUCUUCAGUUUCUUUACCUAGUUUCAGUAAUCCUAAUUGUAGUAGUACUACUUCUAAUGUAAAGUUAUGGCACAUUAGGUUGGGCCAUUUACCUUUCUCAUCAAUGAGGAAUAUCAGUUUCAUUUUCAUUCCUUCUAAUUCUGAUUGUUUCUGUGACAUUUGUCCCAAAGCAAAGCAGUCCAGACCACCUUUCCCAAUCAAUUACCUUCUAGAGUAUUUCAUGGAAUCACACCUUAUCAAAUACUUCACGGAAAAGCACCAAAUUAUGAUGGUUUAA